CCAGGAGCAGAGGGUCUGUGUCAAGAGCAGCGGGGGUUGCAGCAGGCGAGAGAGCCGGGGACUCCUUCCCCACAAUGGCAGAGAUGAUGGCUGAAGUGGCUGAGAUGGCCGAGAUGUUGACACAGAUGUCACCAGGAACAAUGGAGAUGGCGAUACCAGUGUUUGGGGAGUUGUCAGCAGAGGUGACUGAGAUGAAACCUGGGGAAGCCCUUGCCUCAUCUCUCUUUUUCCAGCACCACCAGUUCAUGUGUUCUGAAUGUGGCAGCCUCUACAACACACUGGAGGAAGUCAUCUCACACCAGGAACAGCAUGUGCCCACUGUCACAGAGGAGGAGGCACUAACCACCCAGGAUGCUAACCUGGAGCCAGAGCUAGUACCAGGUACUGAAGAUGGGCCUUUCCAGUGUGGUGAGUGUAGUCAGCUCAUCCUCUCCCGUGGUGAGCUCCUGGCCCACCAGGACUCCCACCUCCGGGAGUCUGCAAGCCAGAUUCAGUACCAGUGUGGGGACUGCCAGGAGCUGUUCCCCUCGCCUGAGUUGUGGGUGGCUCAUCGGAAGGCCCAGCACCUUUCUACUGCAGCAGCUGGACCACCAGUGCCACCGCCUCCAUCUCCUCCUCCCCCAGCACCACCACCUCGAUCCCCUGUUCCACCUGGAGUCAAGAUGGAGCCCUAUGAGUGUCCUGAGUGUUGUACCCUCUGUGCCACCCCUGAGGAAUUCUUGGAGCAUCAAGGCACCCACUUUGACUCUCUAGAAAAAGAGGAAUGCAAUGGGCUAGAGGAAGAUGAGGAGGAUGAAGAAGAUGAUGAGACAGAGGAGGAGGAAGAGGUUUUGUCUGCAGAGGUUGAUGACGAUGCUAUAGGGGGUGACAAGUCCACAGCUGCCCGGGCCCAGAGCUGUGGAGAUUGUCCCCAACAUUGGACAUCAGCAGGGGCACGCCGGCGACACCGGCGGGCAUCUCGUGGCCCAGCAUCAACAUCCCACCCCUUCCUCUGCAGCCAGUGCCAGCGCAGCUUCAGCUCAGCAAACCGGCUGCUAGCUCAUGGGCGGGCUCAUGUUGGUGGCACACAUGAGUGUACCACCUGCUUCAAAGUCUUCAAGAAAGCAGCCUCACUGGAGCAGCACCUGCGGCUGCACCGUGGGGAAGCCCGCUACCUCUGCGUGGACUGUGGCCGUGGCUUCAGCACAGAACUCACAUUGGUGGCCCACCGGCGGGCCCACACCGCCAACCCAUUGCAUCGCUGCCGCUGUGGCAAGACAUUCAGCAACAUGACCAAGUUUCUCUACCACCGGCGCACCCAUGCCGGCAAGAGCGGGGCACCCCCCACUACAGCAGGAGCCUCCCUGACUCCAGCUGAGCCCAUGCCCCCACCACCACCUCCUACCCCUCCUGCCCAGCUGCCUUGCCCACAGUGUUCCAAGUCCUUUGCCUCAGCCUCCCGACUUUCCCGGCACCGGCGUACAGUCCAUGGGCCCCCUGAGCGGCGACACUGCUGUGGGGUUUGUGGCAAGGGCUUCAAGAAGCUGGUCCAUGUACACAACCACCUGCGGACACACACAGGUGAGAGGCCCUUCCAGUGCCACUCCUGCGGCAAGACCUUUGCUUCUCUGGCCAAUCUGAGCCGCCACCAACUGACCCAUACAGGUGUGCGUCCCUACCAGUGUCUGGACUGUGGCAAGCGCUUCACACAGAGCUCCAACCUGCAGCAGCACCGGAGGCUGCACCUGCGACCAGUGGCCUUUGCUCGUGCACCCCGCCUCCCCAUUACCGGUCUCUAUAACAAGAGCCCCUACUAUUGUGGGACCUGCGGCCGCUGGUUCCGUGCCAUGGCGGGCCUGCGUCUGCAUCAGCGGGUCCAUGCUAGAGCACGGUCAAUGACACUGCAACCCAGAUCACCACCUCCUGCCCCCCCCCCGCCCCCCCAGCCUCAGCAGACUAUCAUGUGCACUGAGCUUGGGGAGACCAUCGCCAUCAUUGAAACGUCCCAGCCACUGGCACUUGAGGACACACUGCAGCUGUGCCAGGCGGCACUGGGAGCCAGUGAAGCUAGUGGGCUGUUGCAGUUGGACACAGCCUUUGUUUGACAGAGCUAAGAGCAACAUUAAGAAUUUGGUUGCAGCAGCAAGUAUGGGCACUUAUGGGGAGAAAGGGGACCACCCCCUGGCAAGCCCGCCUUAGUGGGUGCCAGGAUCCACCCUGACCUCUUACCACUGACUCCUGAGAACAGCCCUGCCAGUUUCUCUUGUCACCUUUCUCUGCGUGUGGGGAAACUGAAGCUCUGAGAUGUGAUAACAAUCUGUCCCAGAAAGCGGGGUUUGCCAAGGUUCUUUGCAUCACCUUGCUACCCAGCAACAUCAGGUAACCUUUCCUGAGCCCGAACCAUGUGCUCAGGUAUGUGCCCCAUACAUUUUCAGGUCUCUUGCUCUACCCCCGACCCUAGCCUUCCCUGAACUCUCAGCACCCAGGAUUCGGCUCUGCCUGGUGGAGGAGGACACUGACUUCUCUGGGCUUCCUUUAUCAAACUUUUAAUGUGGAAGGAGACCUAUAGGUGCCCAGGUGCUCAGCUGCAGAGGUGAUGCUGGAGACCCAGGAAUGAGUCAGACAUGGGCUCUGCCCAGGAGGCCUGCAUUGUGGUAGGAAGAACACGCACAAGUACAGAUGACCUUGCUUUCUUAAGUGUGUCUUGUUGCUUCUUUCAGCUUGGGUGUCCUAAGGCCUCCUUCUUGAGUGCUAGGCAGUGCUUGGGGCGAGAGAUGAGUCGCGCCUCUGCCCUGCCCCUGAGGGACAGACAGAUCUCAGCCCCAGGUUCCUCA